AUGGCUCCCUCCGUGGGAACCUUCCACCUCCUGGUGGCUAAAAAUGCCAAAUUACUCCGGUUCGCAUGGAAGCAGGCCGCCCAAGCCGUCCAAAACCACGUCCCCAUCGCCCGUGCCAUCGAAACCGAACUCCAACCCAUCGCAACCCGCAUCGCCCCGCGGACCUCCGCCCAGCGCAUCGCCUGGCUCAAGCAAUCGGGCGCCCGCAGCUACGCGUCCGCCGCCCGGCACGGCGCCUCGCGCUCGUUCUCCACCUCCCAGCGGCAUGCGGCCGGACUCAAAUACGACCGCAGCAAAUACCCCACCUCCCGUAUCCGCAGCGCUGUCGAGCGGUUCACGGGCCGCGCGCCGUUCGCGUCGACGAUGCGGCCGAACCUCACGGGCGGGUCGCUCGGGCGGACGGCCGGAGGAUACACGCUAGGCGCAGGGCGGGUCGGGGGCGCGAGGCAUUUCUCACAUGGCCCGGCGAGCCCGGCGGAGGUGGUGCGACAUGUGUCGCAGGGGGUACGGGCGUUCAUGCUUGAGGGGAAGCGGGCACAGUUCGAUGGGGUGGAUCCCGUAACUGGGAAGCAUCGGUAUAAGGAGGUGUCGGUGCUGGAGAACGACGUCUCACGCAAAAUGAGCGCGUUCCAGCCAUGUUCACCGGGGUCGUUCAUCGACUUUCCCGUUAACCCGACCAUCACUGCGCUGGCACCUCGCCACGCCUUUGAAGGCACCGGAUUCACCCCCAAGUCAAUGGACACCCUCAACACCGACGGGCUCCUAGACGUCUUGUCGAUCGACUUCUCCCGCGCGCUGAAAGACCUCGCCAUCGUCCUGACCGACCUGAAGCGCCUCGCCUCGCUCGGCGACCUCCCCAUCUCUUACCACGGCACGAUCGUCCGGGUGCAUUUCCCGGGCUGCGAUGCCGACACGGUCGAGCAGCUGUGCGACGAGUUGGGCAUCCAACGCGGCAUCGUCGGGCAGGAUCGGGAGUUCCCCGCGUUCGCCGGGACGGAGAUCGCGCUGCUCUUCCCGUUCGCGCCUAGUAUCGUGUCGUCCGAGGCGGACGGCCACUCGCUGUACGAGCCGCGGAAUCCGCCCGACAAGAUCGACUACGACUUCGAGCUGUUUCCGCGCGUGCGGUCCGUGAUGUCGGCGGAAUCGGAGGAUGGGAAUGGACCGCUCAUGAUUCCGUCGAGCAAUCCAUGGGUUUCAUCCCCGUCGGGGUAUGAGAGCAUUCGUACCAGCGACUUGGAGGACGGCGACGCUCGCGGCCCCCCUCGGUGCCAUGAUCCGCUGGAGUAUCAAGGUCUCCAGGGGGUUUAUCGGUUCAUCGAGCAGUGCGAGGUCUAG